AUGAGGGAAGUAAUAACAAUACACAUUGGUCAAGCUGGAUGUCAACUUGGAAAUAAAUGUUGGGAGUUAUUUUGCCUUGAACAUGGAAUUCAACCAGAUGGAACAGCUAUUGCCAACACUAAUGAAAAAAGGUCAGUUAUAACUAGUGAUGGUGACACUGCUUAUAAUGCCUUUUUCCAAGAA